AUGUAACGUGUAACCAUUCACCGCCGCCAAAACUUCAACUUGUCCAUAACACAGUCCACAUUCCAAUAAAAAAACUUCCAUACCCACGUACCCCGUUAUUGGAUUUGAACUCCAUUUUCUUUCUCCAUGGCUCUUCAUAUAAACGGUGGUUGUUUUACGAUAAUGGGUCACUCCAGAAUUCGAAGAAUAAGAGCUGUUGCUUCAGAGGGUUCUUCAACUCUUAAGACAGUUGAAGACAAGGUGAAAUUGGGUGGCUCUGAUUUGAAGGUAACUACAAUUGGAAUUGGUGCUUGGUCAUGGGGUGAUACUACUUACUGGAACAAUAAUCAAUGGAAUGAUAGAAAUGAGAAGGCUGCUAGAGAUGCAUUCAAUGCAAGUAUUGAUGGGGGUCUAACCUUUUUCGACACUGCUGAAGUUUAUGGUUCUGGGCUUUCUUUCGGAGCCAUCAAUUCAGAAACUCUUCUUGGAAGAUUUAUUAGAGAGAGAAAAGAAAAGGAUCCGAAUGUCAAUGUUGCAGUUGCAACCAAGUAUGCUGCACUACCAUGGAGACUAGGUCGUCAAAGUGUUAUCAAUGCGCUUAAAGAUUCCCUCGGUCGACUUGGAAUGACUUCCGUGGAUGUGUAUCAGCUUCAUUGGCCGGGAGUGUGGGGAAAUGAAGGGUAUAUUGAUGGUCUAGGUGAUGCUGUUGAAAAGGGACUUGUAAAGGCUGUUGGUGUUUCAAACUAUAGUGAAAAACGACUACGAGAGGCUUACGAAAGGCUAAAGAAGAGAGGUGUUCCAUUGGCUUCAAACCAAGUAAACUACAGCCUUAUCUAUAGGACCCCUGAAGAAAAUGGUGUGAAGGCUACCUGCGACGAACUGGGGAUUUCAUUGAUAGCCUAUUCACCAAUAGCUCAAGGUGUUCUAACCGGAAAGUAUACUCCUGAAAAGCCCCCAAGUGGACCUCGAGGCAGAAUUUAUACUCCAGAAUUCCUUACAACGCUCAAACCUUUGCUGAACAAGAUCACUGAAAUAGGAGACAAGUACAACAAAACUUCUACACAGGUAUCACUGAACUGGCUUGUAGCUCAAGGCAAUGUCAUACCGAUUCCUGGUGCUAAGACAGCAGAACAAGCUGAAGAAUUUAAAGGUGCACUUGGGUGGAGAUUGAACAAUGAUGAAGUAGCCGAGUUACGAAGUUUGGCUUCAAAAAUUAAACCUGUUAUUGGUUUUCCAGUUGAAAAACUCUGAAACAUGGUUAAGCAGUUGAUUAAUAGUUGGAGCAUACAUACUCUCCUCAAUCAUUUGUAAAGUUAUAUAUAUGUAGUUCAGUGAAAGGGAAAAAGAAAUUGUUUUCAUAGUGAAUUGAAAAUUCAGAGAGAUUGAUAUUGUAUUAUAGUUACUUGCUAGUGUGCUUUUCUACAAGGUCUACUUUCAUA